CGAGCGCUCUGAGCGCGACCGCGCUGCCGCGCGCUCCGCCCAACGGCCGCCACCGGCGCGCGCCCGUGUCCUUCGCCCUCCCCGCUCUGCGCAUGCGCGGCGCGGCCGCAUGAGGAGACGGGUCCCGCCGCCGCGUCCGCCCGAGCCCCGCACCAUGUCGGAGCGGCUGGGCAAGCCCUCCUGCCUCAUCGUCGCCAGCGCUGCCGCCGCGGGUGUGUCAGCCCAGUCCUUCCUUCACUGCUUUACACUGACUAGUUCGGCUUUUAAUCUGCAAGUUGCGACUCCUGGGGGGAAGCCGAUUGAUUUUGUGGAUGUGAACGAGAGCAACAUGCGCUGGAUACAGGACUUCCGCAUGAAAUCGUACGCCAACCCUGCCAAGCUGGAGUCCAUUGAUGGUGCCAGAUACCACGCGUUGCUGAUUCCAGACUGCCCCGGGGCCAUGACUGACCUUGCAAACAGCGGCUACCUGGCCAAGAUAUUACAGCACUUCAGCGCUGGGAACAAGCCUAUCUGUGCCAUUGGACAUGGAGUCGCAGCUUUGUGUUGUGCUACCAAUGAAGACAAGUCCUGGGUAUUUGAGGGGUACAGCCUGACAGGGCCCUCUGUGUACGAACUAGUGAGGCAGCCUAAUUUUGCCAGUUUGGCCAUUAUUGUGGAAGAUUUCGUGAAAGAUUCUGGAGCUACAUUUAGUGCAAGCCUUCCGGAUGCUGUACAUGUCGUGCUGGACAGGCACCUGGUGACGGGACAGAACGAGAAUUCCACUCUUCCUGCCAUCCAGAACCUGCUUAUUCUUUGCAAUGUCAGAAUGGAUGUGGACUUUGUGACUUUGCCGUGUACAUCAGACACCUCAAGACAUCUAGUGUGCGCUGAAGAGAGGCACCUCCAGUGCUGAACUGGGAAACUGCAGCUGCUACUGGAGCAGAAAUUAUUUAGCUUCCUGUGCUCGUAACACCAACGGUUUGCCAGCGUUCACACCUGCUUCCCAAAUCCAGAGCCAGGCUGCUCAGGAGGAUCGUGCUCUUCAUCCCUCCCUGACAAGGUGAGUGUCCUUGGCAGGUUCCAGCCCCUGUGGCAGACCAGCAGGCUUGUGGCUAAAAUCGUGGUUCUCCUCUGUCACUUCCCUGCCUGCACGCUGAUUCCGCAGCUGCUAACAAUGUCCUCUUUCAAGAUUAAGGAAAUACAUCAUCCAUUAGAAACAUUUUUGGAAGAACAAAGCCGAAAUUGAGAGGUGCAUCAGUCUUCUCCGAUUUAGACGUGUGUUCCCCAGCCACCUCUUUACAGCUUUUUCUGUUAAAUGUGCAAGGACGGGCCCAGAUUCUGCAGAGACUUGGGCACACGCUUAACCUUUAAAGGAGGUGGGAACAGUCAGGGGGUAAAGGAAAGCACGUGUGCGAGUCUUUGUGGAGUCUGGGCCCGAGUUCCCGUUCAACCAAAGUUAAGGUGUGUACAUGAGAGAGAAAGACAAAGUCUUGCCACUCUGGGCGGUUUCUGUGGAUGUGUUUGCUUUCCUGCAUUCCUGUCAGGUUGGUCUGUAAGUAAAAUAUAAAUACAGUGUGUGCCAAACUUGCUGCGGACAGGAAAUCCACUGUGUGCUUGCUUGAGCUUUUAAAAGUUUGAGUAAAUUAUUGAUGCAAAAUCACUUAAUUGUGUCUCUAGGGAAAGGGUUUUUUUCCUUAUCCCUACUUAGAGACUGUAAGAGUGGGGGGGUGCCUCACUAGAUAGAUAUAGAUAUAUACAUAUGCACGUAGCAUUAUUCAGAAAAACAGGAAGUGAAGAACAACACCCUCUACAAAAUUAAAUUAUUAUUUUUUUCUUGUUGCCAUUGAUUUUGUGUUAAAACAGCCUUUCCAAGUGUGCUUGUGUUCCUUAGAUAUUUAGGAAGCGUUUCAGAUUUCUCUUUGCAAUGCAAAUGCGAAGGUGGGGACAACACCCUGGAAAGGGCUUUGGGUGUGUGAGUGGGUUGGGAGCAAAUGGCAGGAGCUUAUCUCCGUGUUUGAGGCCUGGCUUUGGCAAUACCGCGACUGCCUGACGCAGGAUCAGGCUGCCCUGAGCCCCAGCCUUGGCUUAAGUGAGGAUUAUCAGGCUGAGCUCACCUGUUCGCAGCUUCAAAUCCCCGCAGGUUUCACUCAGAUCUUGCACAUGAUCACACAAGGAAAGCCCGUUUCCACGGUUCAAAGCCAGCACUAACUGGUACGUGUGUUUAAGGACACAGUCAGUCUCAGGUGGGCUGUGCUGCAAUUCCAGCCUCCCCUGACAGAAGGAUGGGGAAUUGUCACGGGGCCUUUGCCAGUGGGCUGCAGGGGACACCUGCCACAGAGAAGGGAAUGAAAAGUGGGGGAAAAGGUUUAUUUCCUGGUCCCGCCUUGGAAUAGUUCAUGCUGGGCUGUGCUGAGCUCCCUGCCGUGCCCUCGGCCCCAGCCGCGCUGCCCAGGGGGGUGGCAGCAGCUCCAGCCCUUUGAGAAAAGCUUUGCGGGGUCUUUUUUGCUCAAACGCAGCCAUUGUCAUAAAUUCAGACAUGUGUGAGUUCCGAUCCGCUCUGAUCACAUGCACAUAAAAUUUCAGUAUAAAAUAUAUAGUUAUAUAUAAAAAAAAAAAAAGUACUUCAUGCAAUAUUAAAACACCUUUCCCAAUGGGACAUGGUCUUAUUGUCUACCCUUAUCAACAGUGUUCAAGAAAUUGUCACUUUGAUGGCAACUACACCGCUAAGUGUGGAGCCCUCCUGUCUCUCCUCUGGACUGGGAAUUAUUGCUUCCGUUCCCUUUUUCUGCACUACUAUGACUAACAGCUGAAAUAAAGCAGAUAGAUUUUAAUUAGCGGAAUCAA